GGGCCGUCGACACUUGGUUGCCUUGAACGACCAAUGCCUCUGCUUCCUCCACUCAACUUUCCCAAAUGGCUCGCAGAUAACUCACAUAAGUUGACACCACCAGUGAACAACUUCUGCCUCUAUCAAGGCAAAGACUUUGUGGUGAUGGCUGUUGGUGGGCCCAACGAAAGGAACGAUUACCACGUCAACGAGACGGAGGAGUGGUUCUACCAGCACAAGGGCGGGAUGCUCCUGCGUGUCGUCGACGAUGGACUAUUUCGCGAUAUCAGAAUCGAGGAGGGGGAGAUGUUUUUGCUGCCGCCUAAUACGCCCCACAACCCCGUCCGUUUUGCCGACACCAUCGGCCUCGUCAUGGAGCGCGUGCGGCCGGAAGCGUCUCUUGACCGACUGCGCUGGUAUUGCAAAAGCGAAGUACAUUCGGAGCCCACCAUUAUCUACGAAGAGUCGUUCCAUGUAACAGACCUCGGCACCCAGCUCAAGCCAGUGAUCCAACGGUGGCAAGGCGACGAGAAUAUUCGGACAUGCAAAGGCUGUGGAGCGGUCGCCAAACCCAUGUAA